CUCCGUCAGUCUACGGGGCACCAUCCGCAGUCGUGUUUUACCGGGUCGUAUCGCGCGUUAUUCGCCGUAAAAAAAAAAAAAAAUUUAAAAAAAACAAAAAAAAAACGUACGUCUAUUAUCCAUUAUCUCCCCGUUAGGUGUUUCGUUUUCGGCAGACGACUCGACGUCGCGUUACUUCCGUUGACGACGAAAAAAAAAAAAUCGAGUGCACGAAUCGCGACGGGUGUUAUGUUCGUCCGUAAACGCGCGUUCGUCCGUGCGGGUUGAAACCCGUCGCGCUCGUUCCGUUCCGUCGAAACAAAACACACGCCAUUUCGCGCGUGGCGUUCGCGAGUGAACCGAGUCGACCGAAUGGCCGGCCGAUAAGUCUACGCGGUCUUGUUAAGUGCGACCGACGGUGUUCCGGAUAGGUUUCCUACACGACCAGCGGGAACGCCGCGCGUAAUGCGACGGUCGCCGACCGAGUAGACGCGUGUUGUAAAAGGAAAUAACGACUUUCUGGCACGAGUGUCCGUGCGACGGUGAGUGCAUUCGUUAAUUAAAUACCAAACAGUUAUCGCCGGGUAUACCGUCAUGAGCAUGAUGAUGAUGAGGCCGUCCGAUUCCACGCCCAUCUGCCGGUGCAGGGUCCUCUACUUGGGCUCGGCCGUACCGCACAUCACCAAGGACGGAUUGCAGGGCAUUCAGGAACCGCUGAAGGAACUGUAUCCGGAACAGGGGGCCCUGGGUGCCCGGGGCAUUGAUUCGUGGCUGAGCGUCUGGAGCAACGGCCUGUUGUUGGAGAACGUGGACGAGAACCACAAGAAAAUCACGAGGUUCUUCCCGAUCGAGUCGCUCCAUUAUUGCGCGGCCGUCAGAUUCGUACUGGUCCCCGAAAAAUCGAACAAUUCGUCGCAACCGAGAUUCUUGCCGCUAGACUCGCCGUUCGCGCGGUCCCCGAACCCCAAUCACCCGCCACUGUUCGCUGCCAUACUGCGCCGGACGUCCGGAAUCAAAGUGCUGGAGUGUCAUACGUUCAUAUGCAAGCGAGAGAUGGCCGCCAACGCGUUGGUCCGGUGUUGUUUCCACGCGUACGCAGACUCGUCGUACGCCAAACAGUCGGACAACGGGACCAACGGCGGUGGCGGCGGCGGCACGGCGGGUAACAGUAUAUACGGCACGGUGCGCACCAACAGGUCGAUGGGCAACAACACCAUCGAAAAAGUCGAGGGCUGGAGGCGCAUGACCAACGGGGCUGCCGCGACCGGCAGUACGCUGACCCUGAACAGCGCGCACUCUAACGGCAUCACCAUGCUAGAGGCUUCGACCAACUCGAUCGACGAUCUGUCCGAAUGCAACGGUGACGAAAACCACAAGGUGUGGGUAGGCAGCACUAAAGAUAUAUCCGAGAAGGAAGACCUGUACGGGGGCAAUACGAUGCGCAGUUCGCGGUCCGCCAGACCGCGGCAGCUGGUGGGCGGCUCGGCACCACCUCCGCCGCCACCGCCGCCCGUCCGGGACGACAAAAUGUCCAAGAAAAACAAAGAAAGGCCGCGCAGGAAGAGAACGCCGACGGGCGGGAGUCGCGAGGAUCUGUACGCGCCUUCGUUGAACGGGUCGUUGAUGAGACCCAUGAACGGCGGCCGGAGUUCCGUGUCGCUGAACGGCACCAUAGUGAGUCGGGGACCGCCAAGAGGAUUCGGACAGCCACCGCCGCCGCCGCCGCCCAAUCACAUAUAUUCGAACGGCGGCUCGAUGCUAAGACCCGUGAACGGCUAUCAUCCCCAUCCGCAUCACCACCAUCCCGGCAUGAUGCAACAGCCGCCGCCGCCGCCGCCGCCGCCGCCAAUCAUGAUGGUACCCACUACUCUGCCACAUCCGAAAAAAAUGCACAAGAUGAAGCCGGGCAUGAUGCCGAUGCCUCGGCCAAACAUGAUUCCGGCCAAUUUCAUGCCGGUACCGAUGUACAUUCACACCGGUGGCAAAAAGUCUAAGCACGGCAUUCCUAUGCCUAUGCCCAUGGCCAUGGAAGAACCCAUUUACAUGCCAUCCACCCGGCCGCUCAGCCCCGUCGCGUCCUAUCAGCCGGAACAUUUCCCGCACGAGGCGUACUUGAUGCAACAGUACGCGCACAAUAACAACGUGCCGGUGACCAAGAGUAAGAAGGGCAAAAAGGAUAAGAAAUCAAAGGAUCCGAUGAACGGCGCCGGGGUAAUGCCGUUGAUGCCUCCGCAGAUGGCCAUGAACGGCGGUGGCGGAAUGAUGAUGCAACAACCGCCGCCACCGUUACCUCCGCCGCAGAUAGCCGUGAACGGGCACCGGGUCAACGGGAACGGGAUGAUGUCGGGACACGACGAGACAGACGACACGGAAGACUCGGUGUACAACACUGGGAUAUAUCGGAGGAAGGGGCAUUUGAACGAGAGGGCGUUUUCGUACUCGAUCCGACAAGAGCACCGGUCCCGGUCGUACGGGUCACUGGCCAAUUUGAAGUUCGCCGCACCGCCCAUCGUACCGAACGGCGUCAGCGACGGAGUCCCCAACAAGGUGGACAUCAAGAAAGAACGAGAGAUCAUGCAGAUGAUGCAAGACUUGGAGUUGUCCGGUGACGAGCUGGAUCGGGCGGACCAAGUGGUGCACCAGAAACAGAUGCAUCAUCAGAGGCCCGUGAAGACAAAAAGAUAAACACAUCGCUGCGUGGUAAAUAUUAGAGAUUGUAUACGUAUUUAUCGGAACGUUUAUGCUCUGCGUAACCAGUGGGUGGUAUUGUAGGUGUUGGAUGGUGGCGGUCGCCAUGCAUACUGUUACACGAGUGUAUUACACCUCGAUUUGUUUUGUCGUACUCGAAACCCCCGUGACAACGAAUUUCAUUAUUAUUAUCCACCGUUCUCCGCUAGUACGGUACUCGUGUAUCUAUAACGUACUGUAUAUAAUAAUGAUUUUUCAUUAUCCUUUAAGUUUAUAUUUUUUUUUUCCACUUCAAAACAAAACCGGGUUUUAUACACGCGCGUGUCGAUAUUAUUGAAUAACAAUUGUUGUUUUUUUUUUUUUUUUUUUUGGCCUCUAUAGCGAGUAUGGCCCCGAGUCGUAAGAGACAAUCGCAGUUUUCUCACGUCAUAAUUAAUAUAUUUGACGUACCUAUACGCUUAUUAUGCACAUCCGAUUUAUUGACGAAAAACGUGAAUAUGAUAUUACAGUUUUACGAAUUUAUCGCUUUGAGCAUUAAAAAUUGGUAAAUACUGUAAAUUAGAAAAAUAUUAUAUUGUUUUCUUAAUAUUACUUUCGAAAUAUGUACUUCUCCGCAUAUUAACUUGAAAUAUAGCUGAACGUAUAAGAAACCAAAUAAAAUGUGUUUAUAUUUAAUUAGUUUGCCGUCGGUUACAGUAAAAAUGAAUCGCGUGAUUUAUUAUCUAGUCGAUGAAACCAAAAAAGUACAGGUUUCAAUUUUUCUUUAAUAAUUCGAAUUAUACGCUCUGGACGUUCGUAAAUAUUAUAAAAUAAUUCCAUGAUACGUCGAUACCUAUGCAAAGUAGUUAUAAAAUAUCCGCUAUAAUAAUAUUACGAAAGUAUCAAUUAAACUGCGUUACAUAGGUACUAUAAUAAUAAUAUACUGGUUCAUAUAGUGGUCGUAACUUUUAAAAACUGUUUGGUCGGACGGUUGUAAAAAAUUGUGUUAUCCAAUAUUCUAGCGUUCUGUUUUCUCGAUUUUAAUAAAUCCCAUGAAAUAUUUGCAGCCAUAAAAAUAUAAAUUACAUGUUCGCAAACAAAAGUAUACCGCGGAACACAGAGUGUAAACUUUAUUAUUACUAGUAUGUGAUUUAACUGUGAUUAACAUAAAUAUGAUUAACAUUUAUAUUCUCAUAAUUGUACAGUAAAUUAAUACGCGCAGUAUUUUAUAAUUAUCUGGUUAAGGACAUUCGGGAUUUACGAGGUGGACCGGAAAAUAAUUAAAAUAAAGCGCGUAUAACAGGUACGGUACCCGCGUUACGCAACUUUCAUUAGGUAUUUAGGUGUAACGUGUACAUUUUUUUUAAAUUUUAUUUUGUAAAGACCGUCCCGACACUAAGUCAAUAUCAAUAUUAUGUUGUUGUGCACGGUAUUAUACUAUACAUAAAAAUCGAAUAAUACGAUACACAUUACACAUUCUGUACCGACAUUAAUUUAUUUCCUCUGUAUACGUCUCGCGCGUAAUACACGUUAAAAAAGCUUUCUGCUCUCCAGCGAUUGCGACACUCCGGUUGAGUUUACCGUCAAUGCGCAUUACGUAAAAAACGAGUAUUAAUUAUUACUGUGUCUUGAUCGUUUUUUUUUUUUGAAAGUAUAUCAAUUUUUCAAAAAUUAAUAAUUGAAUUAGGUUGAAAUUAAAAACGCGCGUAUCUCGGAUACGAAACAUUACUGUAUUAAAUUUGUGAACUUUUAUUUUUAUAUACUUACGUUUCAGUUGAUAUAUGUAACCGUGGUACGUAUACUAACCGACGACGACAAUUGAACAGCCAGUUUUUGUUAUUAAUAGAAUAAUAAACGGUAAAAUUUAAUAUUAUAGAGUAGGUCAAACGUUUAUUAUUACCUAUAGGUAGUAGUUUUGUGGCCGUACACGAAUGCCAUCUACUUUAUAAAUUAAAUUUACGAUUUUCGUUAACCGUGGGCGCUAUUAUACGCUAACUAGACCUAUAAAUAUUUUUACGAAAGUAAAAGACACCCGACUAAAUUCUAUGCACAAGACGCGUUUGACAAAAACGUGUGCGAAUUUGUAAGCCCUCGGAAUUAUAAUACGGUUUUUUUUUUUCGAUCGUUUCAAGAGGUCUUUUGAAACGAGUAUUUCAUUUAAAUGAGUUGAGUAAUAAUAUUGAAUUAGGUUAUAUUCGGCGGACUCCCACUGUAAUUCAGCUAGUGCGGUAGGCAAAAAAACACAGUGCGCGUUAUUCUCGAUAUGUCUAUGGGUGGAUUUUUUAUUAUUAUACCUAUACAAAAUACAUUGCGUAUUCACUAUGGUACCAUACUGUAUAUGGCACUGUUUAUAGUAUAUUAUUCGUACAUUCGAAUUCUGAGUGGAGUGUAGAAGCUUAUGGUUUUACAAUGAUGUUUUUUUUUUCCGCGGAUAACUUUUCUACCGGGAAUUUUGCUUCGAUUUUCAAUAAUAUCACUUUUUCCGAAAGGAAUUUGGACCGGGGAGAUACUUUAGAGAAGUUACUUUUGAUUUUACCAGGAGUUUUCCUAAAAAAAAAAUGGGAAAAACCAGGAAAGACGUAGUAAAAACGAAAAAAUAAGUACAAUAUUAAACAAAUAUUAUUAUUAUUAUAGAAAAUAUGAAAUGCAUCAUAUGUAAUUAUUUUACCAUAAUAUGGCAUAUAUUGUUGACAGAGCAACACUAUCAACCGAACUCCGCUCAGAAUCGUUUUUUCGUUAGCAAUAGUUUAAUCGUUGCGUACAGAUAUACAUUAAAUUUUCAUUCUACCUUCCCAACUUUUCACAUAUGACAGUGGUUGCGCGUGUCCUCGAAUUCUAGGCAAGCUUUUUGAUUUAGGUAUUGAGGGAGACGCAGCAAACGGUAUUAAAAAAACGAAUAUUUCGUACGAUACUCUUUUAGUUUACAAUAUUGAAAAUUAUACUACACAUUAAGGGUGUACCUUAUUUAAUUGAUCUGUACGCAACGAAAAGUCAUCGCUGACGGAAAACAAUAAAUUGUGGAACGGAGUGCCUACGGUCAAAUAUUGGUUUGGUAAUGUUGAAUCGGAAAAUCGUAUCGAUUUGUAACUUCACAAUGAAUUACAACCGACGGUGUUUUUUCGUCUCGAAUUAUUGAACGUUUUUACGGAACCGAUACGAUUCAGAAUCUGGAAAAAAGAAAAACGAAAAUCUAACUACAUAGUAGAAUAUAGUUCACAAAGUAGAAUAUUAUUCGUUUGACGGGUUUCCGUUUAUUUUUAUGUCAAACGAACGAGAGAGGCUUCUCUUAGGUACUUCACCGCGGUGAACAUAAUAAAUUCGACGGUGUCGUGGGUUUAAAGUGGUCGCUCAGGAAUGUACACGGCAUUCCGACCGGUCCGGCACAUAGGCGUGGCGGUGGACACGGGCGGUUCUAGGGGGAUACAUAACGUAACGUAAGGUAAUAAGACUGCGGGAAUCGGUACAGAUAUAAUAAUAUUUUUUAAUUUUUCUAUUCCAUUUUCUUUCGGUCAUUAGUACGAUUUACCGAGCCUUGUUUACAACCAGAAGCGCCCGGAUGUGUUAUUAUCUUUAUUGGUCCGAUCUAUUCGGGCGUAUUAAUUGUUUACUCGAGGCACGACAUUAUAACGCACCGAAGAAAGUAAGAAAAAAAAAAAAAAAAUCGACCAGAUAUAGCAGCACGAGAGUAUGAAAUACCGAUUCCGACCGGCAAACGGGUUUGGAUAUACACAAGUACUCACGUAUAUAAUCUUCUCGCUCCAUCGCGUUACUAAAUAUGUUUAGAAACAUCGUAUUUAAUUGAAUUUCUAAAUACCUACGGGUUAGGGUAUUAAAAUUAAAUUUUCCAUUGCAACGACUAUUGACCGCGUCAAACUCGAUGUAGCCUAUGACGUACCUAUAUAGUACGGCUGCGCGCGCAGUCUAUUUUGGUGUGCAGAAAUCACCUUUUAUAACUAAUUCGAAACGUUCCAUCGAAGUUCGCCGUAAUUAUCGUAAUAUACUUACAGUAAAACGAUAUUUUUCUGUAUGGUGGAUGUAUAUUAUUAUUAUCUAAUACACGCGUAUAGAAUUAUCAGUAUUAUUGCAUCAACGUUUCAGUGUUACACUGCCUAUAGAUGCAAUGGUAAAAUCACCGUAAUAAGUGAGAAAUGAUAAGUGAUAAACAAUCGAGUGUUGUGUCGUCGACAACUAUUGUAAAACAUAUAUAAAUAAACAAAACAAAUAGUGCGAUGCUCGUAAACUGCGUUCAAGGUGCAGGCAAACACAAAAUCACAUGAUAUUAUCAUGUAAACUGCACCCGAGUUUUUAUCGAGUGUUAAAAGGUGACAUGUGUAAACUGCGUCCGAGUAAAUUUUUAAAAAUAAUACCUAUACAACUCUAUAUUUCUGCAAGAUCAAAUAAAUAAAAAAAUGUCAAAAUAAUCUCUAAUUUAUAUACUUAUGGUUCGUUAAUGCAAUAAAAUAAACAAUUAAAUAACGAAUAUAAUUUUAAAAAGUACGACAUUAGGACAAAUAAUAACAACACAUUGUUCAUACACAAUAUUAGUCCAUGUUGAUCAAUUGGUGUUUUAUAAAUUAAACUUUCCGAUUUUUCACGGUUUUUUAUUUUUUGCUUUUAGAAUUUUGAUAUUUAAAAGGUAUGUUUUAAUUAUACUAUUUCAUUUUAAGUUUCUAUCCGAAUUUUUUUAAAUUUUUCUAUAAGCAUAUGAAUUUGGUGAGUCGUAUAAAAGCUAGAAUUAAAAUGAGAAUGGAAUGACUCGCAUGCAUUGGUGGUUCGAGUUGGCUCAGCUAACGCUUGAGCCCAUAAUUAGAAAUUCAACAAAUUUGUAUAAAAUAUAGAAUUUGGUGAUAACUAGUGGACGGAUUUAUAUGCGUUUAAAAUCCCCGAAUAAAACCCUGAAAAAUCACUUAAAAAUAUAUAUAUAUAUAAAAAAAAAAGAAGUAAAAGCGAUGGAUCAAAAUCCGAAGGCAGUUUAUAUUUUUUAACGCGGAUAAAAACACGGGCGCAAUUUACGAAAAAGAAAACAAAAAAAAAGGUCGUUUGGGUGCGGUUUACGCGUGCGCCCGAAUAGUGUGCCGUUAAUUUGAACCAGUUGACUGUGUAAAAUAUAAACUUAAUACAUUUGUAAUAUUUUACAUCGAGCGCGUUAAACUAAUUGUAAAUAUUAAAUUAACGUAUAGGUGCACGUCUUAAACGACGCGGGCAAAGUAUACAUUGCGGUUAUUGCGGUUUUCGGUCGAUCCAAAUCCAUUAUUGUGACCGUCCGUUUAAAACGACCAUUAAUUAUUAUCAAGAGGGGCACGAAUGUGUGUUACAGUAUAAAUAAUAAUAAUAAUAAUAAUAAUGAUCACCGCCCAGGUAUUAUUAUAACGUGAAUAUUGAUGACCAUCAAACGGGUAAAUGUAACCGCAGCCGAUGACCCCGAAACCGAGAACCUGUCGAGAAGAGCCCCCGGGGGCUAAGUUCCGACUUUCCUAUACGUAAUAAUAUGUCCUUUUGUGCCACUUUCGUUUAGCCACCACGUGCCGACGCCGCCGUUCCCCUUUCUAUAAAUAUCGAUACUGAUAUACGAGUAUUAUACUCGCGAUUGGUAUUAGCAGACGCAAUUUGUGCGCAAAUCGACACGACUGCGUAAUAUUAACGCAAUUAGCCGUUGAACACCGUUUGCAUCGAUUGUAGCGCUGCAAUUGUUUCAGCGCGUGUUUUUCGAUUGCAUUCCGAUGACGAUUCAUCGGAUGACGCGCACCUACACAAAUUAAAUACCGCGGUGUAUUCUGUGAGACAGCGCAGCGUAUUAGACGCAAGUAUUAUUUCGCCGCGGCACGGGGAUUUUUACUUAAAGAAUUUGAAAGGGGUCGCGUUUCGAAGUAAGACAGAGAAAAAAAAAAAAACAACACCACUACACCGUUUGUGACCAACGACCGAUAAUGGCGAUGUUGCCGCGAUCAGUUACGAAACAACGACGGAUUCGUUAUUUUUUUUAUUUUUUGUAAAUUACAAACAAUUUUCGUCGUGAAACAAUUUCCCGUUUACGGCGUUCAGUCGAGAUUUUGUUCUAAACGAUAUUUCGCAACGCGCGUAAUCGUGUCCGCCAUUCCAGCACGACAACGAUUCGAGCGUUUCUCGAAAAUGCGGCGUAGACCACUGCGACAUAACCGCUCGGUGGCGUGCGCAGGGGGAGACGUUAGGAGUUAUAUCCCCCCCUCCACCCAUUGGCUUAGAAAAAUACAUAAAAAAUAUCGAAAUGCGUAUUAUACGGCAGCCGAGUUACGAGGCAAAAAACCUCGGUGUAUUGUUUAUAGAAACAAUCGGCUCUUUUUUCGGGUUCCGGCUUUUAAACUACCGAUUCCCAUAAUAUAGUCGAGUCGGGUAGAGAAGACGAUUUCGCGAUUCUCAUUUUCUACGUCGCCUACCGUCGCCCAUUCCCGGGCACGCCACCGUAACUGGGCACUGCAACCGACGAACCGCCGCGGCGCUCGAAUCGCGCCGGUUCUCCGAUUCCGCACGGACUGGACAUUCUGCGCCCCAGGAGCGGCGGCAUCGGCGGUAGACCGCGCGCAGUGCCGCCAUCGCGCCCUGACGCGGAGUGUCGCGACGGCUUCGGAGACGCUCGGAACUUCCGAUCGCGUCGUCCGGAUAACCGGCUCUCGCGGCGAUUGCGACGACGACCGCGGACCGUGCGUAUUCGCGACGCACAUCCGGUGGAAAAGUCGCGCGCGGAUGAAAAAAUUAACAAACGUCUUUGUAAGACCGUAAUGUUCUGCGCUCCGCAAACGCGGUAGUGAACGCACAGUGCGCGUUUAAAAAACGGUCAUUUUUACAGAAAGCACCCGGGCGUGCCGUUGCGCAAGAGCGUCCCCGUCUCUCCGGCGGAGCGGAGCGCGCAAACAUAAUAACAGUAAUAAUAACGAUACACGCGCGCGUUUGAUUGUACCGUCCGGACGCAAUUGUAAUGCGAUUUAUAGCCGAUCGUUGUCGGCAAUACCGUGCCGGCAUGACGGUACUCCUGCUCUAGUCGCGUGUCGUCGGCCAGGGCCGAUUUACGCGUAUUGGUUUGUUUUGGUAAUUUUUUUUUUUUUUUUCUAAUUCGCCCCUCGACAACAACAUCGACCGGGGUGAAAAACACCGACGGACGUAAUCGUAAUAAUAUGCGACGCGUGUUGGGUGCGCGUCGUGCGUCGAAAAGCCUUCCGGUUCACGAAACGGAAAGCGUUUUUUUUCCGUCCGCCCGGCGAAACAUUCGAAAAUUUCAAUUGUGUUCCCCGUACGGGCGCGCAGUGGCCGGACUGGACGAUGGCCAUUUCGUUAUCCGGUGAACGGUUUAAAAACAAUCGCGAUUUGUUGGCGAAUUGUAUUAUUAUUAUUAUUUUUUUUUUCUUCUUUUAAUUGAGUAUACUAAAAUAAUAGACUCGUGGCUUAAAAGAAAGAAAAAAAAAAAAGAGAGCGGUAUAGACGUCGGAAUAGAGCGCGGCGAGAACAAUUUAUUAUCUUUUGUCGAUAUUUUAUUGAAUAGAUGGGGGCGAAGGAAUGUCGGGUUGCCUGGAUAAAUUCCAAUAUCCCAGUACGGAUUCGCUUCCCACUCGGCCCCCGAAAUUCUUUCGCGGAUAAUUUUUUCCACAUCGUUCGCGGCCGUCCGCAAUGCGAAACGAAACGCGAUAAACAUUCAACGCAUAUUAUUUUAUAUUAUUAAUUAUUGUGUUCGGGUACACAUCGUACCCGCGAGCGAGCAACGCGUUACGUCCGAGAGGUCGACGAAUUUUCAAAACGCGAUACGUAAUAAUUAUAUUAUCGUUUUCACGGUGGAAAUAGUAAUAACGGAAUUCGAAGAUGCUAAAAUAUUUGGGUUGACUCUCUUCCUCUGUAUACCUAUCGGAAAUACAUACUGUAUUAUCAUCAUCAUCAUCAUCAUCGCCGUCGACGCAUACGCAUUAUACAGCGGAGGACACGGUAUACCGAGACCAACGGGCAUGCGAGUAUUCCGUGAACUACUUUCGACUGCGGCCGCCGCGCCGCCGCCGCCGUCGUCGUCCUUCUUCCGCAAUCGAAAACAGACGUGACGGCCCGGAAUCGCGGCCGCCGCGUCACGCGAACGGAAAACGACAGCGAUCGGAAUCGGCGCGGACUUUACGACCGCCAAAGUCGGCCCCUAGAAACUAUAAAAUGCCGUAAAACUUCCGUUAACGGUCGCCUCUUGGUUAUCGGUCGUUAUUUUGGUGUUUUCUCUGUUAUUUUCUAAACGCCGAGCGCGGGUAAAUCAUCGUUACGCGGUUCUUGUCCAAGUUCGUUGGUUUUAACGGCAACACGAUCGCGAUGACUACAGACGAGGGCGGGGGGCUCUAAAAGCGCGGGGUUUGCGCCGCCUUCGAGCCGACCCCGAACACGGGGCCACGACGGCAAUAAUAAUAUUAUCGAACGCCGGGUACACGGUAAUCGGUAGUCACCGGCGAGGCUAUACCACGACAUUAUAGUCGCGGAGCAGCCAUUCAUCCGCCGUCGCUCUAUUGUCCGGGACAAUCGACGUGUAAUCGUCAGACGCCGCGCGCGCGCGUUUCCGUGUGCGCGCACGAAAUUCGACACAUUAUGUACACGACGAUGAUAAUAAUAAUAAUAAUAACGAUAAUAUUAUAAUGUAAUAUACGUCGUACAGCCGCACACGCCGCCGUAUCCGGGAACGCUGCGCGGACGGCAACGCCGAUACGUACGCGUCGUGUACAGGGUGGUAUGCGCGGGUUUCGACGAUUUCCCGUACGCAAAUCUACGCACUGUUGCGCGCGCGAAAUUGUCGACAAUCAUGCGCGUCCCCGUGCACGCGACGUGCGUUUGUGCUCGGCCGUCAGAAUGCAAUAUCGUUUUGCGCCCCGUCCUCGUCUCGCCCGCGCGUUGUCCGGCAUUCCGUUUUUAAUUUUAUUUUGUUCGGUUUUUUCUUCGCGCGGCGGUCACGCUCGGCCGACACGAGGAAAUGUGCAGUCGCACGUCCGUCGCGCCGCCGCCGCCGCCGCCGCCGGGACGAAUCAUCGUCGGGAGCGUACGCGCAACUCUCUCCGACUCCCGGGCGCCGCGUUUCCCGUCGUCGGCGGCGCGCCGCCAACUUUGCAUACUGAAACCGGAUGGGGGGGGGGGGAGCCGUCAAUAUUCCUAGGCACGACCGCUGCACACGACGAACGCCUCCGCGAUGCUCUCGGUACGUCAUCUCUCUCUCUCUCUCACUCUCUCUCUUUCUUUCACUAUCUCUGUCUGUCGAACCCGUCUCGUCACAACUCCCCUACCAUCCCACCGCCCGUACCCGUCGCGCGUUAUAAUAAUUAAAAUCGCAAAUUUGCGCGUCGGAUCGCGCGUAUUACUAUACACACGCGGCGAAACGUGAACGGCGAGCGGAUACGCGCACGACGGCCGUCCCGGGACCGCAGCGUACAACGGCCGUAGAGAGAAAUGGCGUAACGGAAAGUACGGCCGGCAAUGGUCGGCGGAAACUAACGGCCACGUUGUUUUCCCCCGUCGGCGAAGUGUUUAGCCGACGUCGUGUUUUAAAUCGCAUUGUCCCGCGAACGAGACCAAUUGCACAAUAAUAAUCGACGCAAGUGUAACAACGCGCGACACGCGCACAACGCCGUGCGUUUUGAGCGCGCGUGACUGUUCGACCAUGUGUUCGAUACGCGACACGGCGGUCGAUUCGGAAACUCGUUACGGGCGGGGGAAGCCGAAAUGCAACGAUCGGCUUCGCGUACCCCUUACGAACCGAGUGUAUUUAUUAUGAGCUACGAAACAACGCGUUCGUUCCGUUCGAUCACCGGUCGGAUGUGUUACCGAUAAGACGGUUGUUGAAAAUCGGUACAAACGCCGCCGUUCCGAAGUCGGUAAACGAUUUUUUUUUUUUUUUUAAAUACUUAAACGCGAUCGUAUUGCAAACCACCGUGCGCUGCUGUUAUGAUUGACCCGAGCGCUUCGCCCCCGGGACCAACGACAAUAUGACCGUGUCCGUCGGACGCCGAUUUUACAUUCGGCGGUGCCGUCCUCGCGCGGCGCCAGUCUCUCCGCUGUGCGACACGCGCCGCACGGAUAACGAUGUAUUUCAAUAAUAUUAUCGUUGGGCGUGUUAUUAUUAUUAUCAAACAGGUAUACGCCCGCAGGAAGAGGUUGCGCCAUUGCCUACCGCCUGUACCGCGCGAUACCUGUAACCCGGUAACCUCGCGACGACCGUCCGUCGUCGCGGUCGGUAACGUCGCGCGGCAUGUCGAACGUACAGAAAUACGAUCGGAGGCGCAGUGCGCGCGUAUUAUCGUACACGAUUUAUAACCCGGUGUGAUUGUGAAAAUUGCGGUCGCGGCCGAUACCCGUGGAAAAAAACCGAAAAUAAAAAAAAAAUAAAUAAAAAAACCGCUGCAUUCACAACGUUUCCCGGCGGAUUAUUACUGCGCGCUCGCCGUGCGGGCCAACGACGCCGCCGUAGAAACGGGCGCGGCGAGAGUUUGGCGUGAACACCGUGUAUUAUAUUAUAUACCGUACUCCUGUAUCGUUUCUCGAUAAAAUAAUAAAAAGUAAAUAGAAAAAAAAAACAAGUAGACAUCGCGUUGACAUUAAAAUUAAAAAAAAAAUAAUAUAGCUGCCAGAGACGCCCGCAGUAUAGGCCGCCCGCGAUCCGUUCGGCUCAGCGUAGGUAUAUCAUACAUAGUGUCCUCGUCCUAGGGUACAGUUUUUUUUUUCUUCCGCCAGAAUUACAGCAGUUCUCCUACAUUCCGAAAGUAUAAUAUUAAUAUUAUUAUUCCGAUGUUCGGAUGAUCGAGUAAAGAUCGAGCAUAAGGUAUCGUGUUAACCGUCGGAGGUGUACGCGAAAUGUUUUAAAGACUUUAUUUUUUUUUCUCCAUUAUGGUGCAUUCAAUUAUUACUAAAACACCGGGGGAAUGAAUGCAACGCACAUUGUGGAAAGCCCGCGGGAUUUGAACUCGCCUAUAUUUCCCUGCACAUUUUACCAUAUUUUUGCCGGGACAAUAAUAAUAUAUUUUAAAAAUUUAACCGUCUUCCAAAAUGCCAUGUGAAAUAUAGUCGUACGAGGAAGGGGGUAUACCUGCGGCUGUGUAGGAUAUGCCUAAAAUAGUAUCGAAUUUAAAUUUUUAAAACGCGAAAUAACCGUAGACCUAAACGCCUGACGAAAAUUGAGGUACUUCAUGUGGUUCGAUUUUAAAAACGUGAAGAUGUACCAAAACGGGUUUGCCCGACCGAAGCGUAUUUUCCAUAUUAUCAUUUUAUUUUAAAUUUAAUUAAUUACCGUUGAAAAUUCACAAAUCUAUAGUAUUUCAAACUUUUCAUUAUCACGCAGAUAAUGCAAUAAAAUUGAAAAAAAAUGCUCUGACCGAUGCAAAGUAAACUCGGUUUUGAAUUCAAACAUUUUUCAUUUUUAACAUCGAACUAUUGUGUAAGUGUUAACAUUUUUGUCAAGCGAACAGUUACUUUACUUUAAUAAAAAACGACCGUACCCCUUAAAUGAGUAUUCCGGCAAUAGAUUAGUGGAGAAACCUAAUCAAACCCAAGAGUAAAAAAAUUUUUAAUUUUACAAAAAAAUGCAGAAAAUUAACGUAUUUUCGCAUUUUUGUCUCGGCCAAUGUCAUAACUACAUGAAAAAGACGGACAUACUUCGCACGACGGGUGGGCCACUGUUGUUGUUUAGAGUUGAGUUGGAAAGGUAGGAUAAUGAGGGGAAUUUAAUUUAUAUCCGUAUGCGCAAUAAUUUCUUUUAUAAUUGCACGUACAUUUUCUCGGGUUUUCCCGAUUAUUAUGAAAGUCAAUCAGAAAAUCGAAAAUCGACCUCUUUUCAAGUACCGACUAGAUAAGAUUUCCUUUCAGAAAAGGUGAUACAGUUGGUAUAUCGGAGCAAAAUUCUGGUAGAAAAGUUGUUAAAAAAAAAAAAAAAUAGUUAUAAUAAAAUAAACAUCAAUGUAAAACCAAUACAUUCCUAGCUACGCUCCGAAUCUAAAACACCGUUUAUCCUGUAUAAUUGGUAAUUAUUCAUUGAACAUAUUAUUAAUCUAAUUAAUCCGUUCUAUUAUACUUUAACUACUAUUACUACUACUACUACUACUACUUCUAUUAUUAUACCGCAUUCUUGUAAUCAUCGUUGAAUCUAUUCAUAAAUCACUCGCGUGUGUGCAAGUAUAAUAUUAUAUUACACAGUCUUCUUUAAACUUUUAUACGCUAUGAAGAACAUUAUCAUAGCCAUCGGUCAUUUUACAGAAUAAAAAUUAUGUUGACCUUGAAGAUGUCAAUUGUUUCCUGCGGCGUAUAGUAGUUAUGUACAACAGGUAUUACCUAUAGAUAAUAUACGUCUACCUACAGUCAACUAAAAAAGGAACUUAAGAUGGUAACAAAUAAUCACGUAAAUAUGAUAAAUUUAUUUCAAAGUCAUUACUCGAAUAAUAAAUUAUUGUUUAUACGUAAGUAGUAUUUUAAAUUAGAAUCUGUCGUAUUGUGCGCUAUACAAAAUAGGCAUACUUAUAUUGCGCGUUGUUCGAUUACUAUAUAGCCGGAAAUCCGUUGGUUUUUUUUUUCUGAGGGGGACUAAAGAAAGAAAGCUAAAAACAAGUCAGGUUAUGUUAAUCAAUAAUCACAACGACGUCGUCCGCUGAUUUGCGUAUAGUAAAAUAGAUUCCCACCGUUGUCGGUUUCGAUUCUUUACAAACCGCGUACUUAAUUAUUUUACAAUAUUAUAGUAUUGGUUUUUUUUUUUUUUUUUGUGUGUGUUAGAACAAGUCCGGAUCCCGGGGACGCCGGUUUCUCGGAAAAACUGCGCGUCCGUCGUGUCGAAAUGAAAACAUAAUCGCGCUACUAGUCUAACGGGUCGGGAUUUUUUAUUUUUUCUCUUUCGAAUUUAUUUUUAUUAAUAGUUCCGGCGGCGAUUGUUUGCUCGUUUGCGUGCACGGCGAACAUAAUAUUGUAUACGCUCUUUGUUUAUGUACGUGUAGCGAAAGACAAUGUAUAAAACGGUGCGCGCGUACGAGACUACGCCGAGGCGAAAAUUAUUAAUACGGGAAUAAUACGAAAAACAGAGAAAAAAAUAAAAUAAUGUUUAAAACGCCGAAGGACGAGGGCGACGGAGAAAAUCGUUACGGGAACGGAGUGAAAACAAAAUGUUGGUCAAACGCGCGUACGUUGGUACGUUACGAUAUUUUUAUCGUGGACGCGUUACGAAUCGUUUCGGGCGUGCGCUACAAUAACCGAUACCGAGGUAAAAAAAAAAAAAAAACAACUACAACAAAGUGUACGGGCCUAAAUAAUCGGCGGCACAACGUUCACGACGAAAACGAACGAUAAAUACGACACGACCGUUUUGUCGAGUACGUCGCGACGCCGAUGCCAAUACGAUACGCUGUACGUAUUAUUCAAUUUUUUAUACGAAAUUCGGCUGGACGGUGGAUCCGGGUUGGAGUAUAAGACCACGUUGAAUACGCCCUGUAUAUCAUCUGCAAGUAAAAUAUAUUAUCCGGGCACCUUAUCGUCAUCUCCGGCGUGAAUUUAAAUCGGCGGCAAACAAGAAACGAUGAGAACUAAAAUAUUUCCAUUUUUCAAUCGUCACAUCGGUCCGCAGCUUUUUUCUACGAGUUGUAUCCUUGUUAUUUUAUUGAUUCGCUUCAAAUAUAUUCCGCCCUAGUCCAAGGUUUUCCGUAGUUGUUCUUAUUUUCGAUGCGUAAUAAUUUUAGAUUCUGUGCGGAGCGUGGAAUGUAUUGGUUUUAUAAUGAUGUUUAUUACUAUUUUUUUUUUUGUGUACAACCUUUCUUCCAGUAAUUUUGCUCCGAUUUUCAAGUGUAACACUUUUUCUGAAAGGAAAUGUCACUGGGGUGGUACUUUAGGGAAAUUAUUAUUUUGAUUUUUUCUGUUUUAUUUAAUAAUAAACGGGAAAAUGUACGAAUUAUAUUGAUUUUAAAUCGUACGCAUUUCGGCCUUUUAAAAUACAUUUAACCAAACUCAGCUCAGAAUCGUUUUUCAUUAGCGAAGAUUAAUCGCCGACUAAUCUCCCUCUAACUCUAACUUCCCAACUUCUCGUCUACAACAGUGGCCAGCCUGUCGUGCGAGGUAUGUCCCUUAUUUUAUAAUUUCUUCUUUUUAAUACCGCAUCGUUUGUUAUGAAAAAAUGAGCGGCAUUUAGUUUGGGUGAACUAUCGAAUAUUGUUUUCUCGUCGCCGAAUUUGUUCGGGAAAAACUAUCGCAUCGUUUUCGUCCCAUAACACCGAACAUUCGGUUGCGUACGUCGCUAUAGUUUUUACGCGAGCACUACUCGGCGCAUUUACGGCCGCGUAUUGAAUUCACUCGGACGAUCGGCGGCGGCUGCGUCGCACCAGGUGUGUCUCGUACCGGUAUAAUAUAUCUACCUACCUACCUACCUACCUACCUACGACACAAGACUUUCUAACCUUGACUCUCGGAUCGGUGUGUUUUUAAAAACUAGGACAGAGUUUGAUGUUAUAGCCCACCACCAAUCGGUAAACACGGACGCACGCACGCGCGCGCACAGUGAUCUCUACGCCGUACACGCAUACGUGCACGGUGAUCUCUACACACAAUGGCCGACCAUUAUUUUUUUUUUUUUUCCAUAUCGUAUAUAAUUUUUUUUUUUUCUACUCGAGUGCCACCCGCCCCCUCUGGCCUCAGCCGCGUACCUGUGAGCCUAGGAGAGACUCGAGAAAACAAUGCGUGCGUGUGUGUGUGUGUGCGCGCGCGCGUGUGUGUGCGUGUGUCUGCCGCUUCAUUCCUCGGGUAGGUACCGCCCGCGCGCAUACAUUACAUAAGCGGGCGGCGUACUUACAGACUCUAUCCGAGUUCGGCCCGAGCCGGAACGUUGCCGAGUCGGUUUUAGGCGGUUUUGCUCGGCAUAACCCACACUCGUUGCUCGAAACCUGGAGUAUCGGGUUACUUUAGUUUCCCGAGCGCGAUCCUGCUACGCCUAGUCGACGAAAAGCCACUUGUACGGGUUUGUGGACAAAGCACAGGGGAAACGGCAUGCUUUAACUUGCGCGUGGGUUGCGACCCGAUAAAAGAAAGUCGGCGCCCUACGUGUAAACCUGGAACCCAUGGGCUAGACGAUGAAAAAUCGCGGUGGGUCGCACUGAGAUAGGGUCUGUAAAUACGCGAACGGGCCACGGUGUGCGUACCGCGGCCUCCCCGGAGUCUCCGGGCUCAGGGGUAUCAGUGGACCGUGAACGCGUUGUUACCAGAAGUAAAAAAUAAUAAUAAUAAUAAUAAUAAUAAUAACAAGUGUAUACGUGUACCUGUAUAUUAUAAUAUUAUGUACAAGCGUGUAAUAAUAAUAUUAUAUACGUGUGUGCAUAAGUUUCCAGUGUCUGCAGCAGUACGCGUUACUGUGUGUCGGCAUAGACGUGUAUAUAAUAUACCGUCUAUAUUUUCCACCUAUAUAACAACGUGAUAAUGUUAUAAUAUCUGUGCGUGGUGGGGGAGAGGGGAAGAAAUAAAAAAAAACUGAGAUUAUGCGGAAUCGUAUACAAUAUAGGUACGUAGAUAGAAAAAAAAAAAAAAACAAACGUACGAAAAAAAAUCGCGUACGUAUUUUAUAAUAUUUACGUUUUACAACAAUAAUGAUACGUUACGAAUAAUCAAACGGUUUCGCGGUUUAUUGUGCAGGUACGUUAUUCCGUUUACGACACUAAAUAUACGGGUACGUACGAGUCGCGCGAGAAGACGGCGCGCAAUUCGCGUGCCCGCCAACGGGACCGGCCGCGCCGCCAUCGAGACUACGGCCGUAUUAUUUUAGACGUACCCGUAGCCGAUAAUUCGUUUCCCAUCCAUCGCAAACCCAUGCGAAACCGAUCCGCCGUCCUUUUCGAAUCGCUCGCGAGCGUAAUACGCGUACCUACCCAUAAUUUAGUACCAAUAACGUGUAGCCGUGCGUAUAUUAUUAUUUCGUAUGUAUUUUUGUAAUACGUAUACAAAUUAUACGUAUUAUAUCAGUACUUACGGGUUUUUUUUUUUUUUUUUAAAUUCUGAGCGUAGCCAUCAACGUAUUGGUUUUAUUACGACGUGCGCGAUUUUGUUCAUAAGCUAAUUUUUUUUUUUUCGUGCCUUCGAGCCACUUUUCUAACCAGAAAUCUCGGUCCGACCAAAACGCGACAAGAGACCCGACCGGUUGGCCUUUUGGAGAAGACAUUUUUCGAUUUUUCAAGCGGUUUUCAUUGAGCAAUUAAGAAAAACUGGAAAAAACCGGCAGUUAUUUAAGGCGUCGACGAAUUUAUGCAAUUCGUUUGAAAUUUGAACAUGAGGUUUAACAUGACUAUCAUUUUUUUUAUAAGGGUUUUAAGUUAAAUUUUUGACGAAAAUGAUAAAUAUCACCGCAUUUUAAAACAUGUUUAACCUAAUUCAAAUCAGAAUCAUUUUUCAUUAGCAACGGUUUAUCGUCGCGUAUAUAUGUAAAUUAAUUAUCUUUAUGUAUCCUACCUUCUUAACUUUUUUCUAUUUAUAAACAAAUUUUUGACCAGACCUUUUUUUCCAAUCGAAAACUUUAACGGAACUUUCCGGUACAGUAAAUAGCAAAUCUUUAAAGUAUUUUCAAUAACGAGGAAAAAGAUGAUAAAACUGGAAUUUUUACACAAUGCCGUUUUUUUUUUGUUAUUCAGUGAAAAAUAAUUGUAGAUACUAAAAAUAUUUAAUGAAUAUUUUAUAUUUAUAGUAGUAUUCACAUUUAAAUUCAUGGUCAAUUUAUAUUGUUUUAAUAUCGAUUGUCCUUUCUUCUUAAAGUUUUAUCGUUAAUUAACUUCCGCAUUCAUAUUUUUAAUACGCGCACUCAUAUCCCUUCACCAGUCCCGUUCUCUGCAUCUAAUUACGACUCGAAUUCACCAAUCAACCGUAACACGCGGUACGCCACCACUCCUUUUUGUUACCAGUAUAUAGUGAGUAUUGGUAGGGUAACCAUUAUUGUACAUUUCGCACAAUUAUACUAGUCCAGAAUUAAUUCAUAAAAUCACCUGCGUUGCAGUUCCGUAUAUAAUAAAACAAUAAUAAUUACAAUAUAAUAAUAAUAAUUAUUGUUAAUAAUAAAAUAACGAUUUGUCACGUUAAAUUGAUUGAAAAAAAAAAAAAUAUAUUUAAGCAUAGAAAGUUAAAUUUGAAAAUCGAACACGACGUCCGAAAUUCAACAUAAAUGUAUAGUUAAAAUACAAACGUUCAUUUUCUUCGGGAGACCGACAAUGCGAUGACAUUGACAUUUUUAACAAUACCAUUUGACAGUAUACGCUUAUGAAUGAAAACAAAUAUCAACCGUUUACAACUGAACACAAAUUACUAUUCGUUUUGUUAAAUAGAUUUAUGACCGAGAAAUAAAAAACUUGAAUGAAAGGAGGAAAAUCCUACGUAUAUAAUAGUACCACACAGCAGGCACACAAUAAACAGCGCCUUUAUGCACAAACGACGGAUAACCGGAAAAACGCACAGAAAAAAAUAAAACAUUGUACUGUAAUAUCGGGAAAAAUUCCAAUGGGAAAUAAGUAUUUUGUCCAAACAUAUAACUCGAUUGCUCGUUUGAUUUGUAACGAGUUUUUAUUUUUUUCGUGUAUAACAAAAUACGUUUUUAAUCGCGUGUUGUACCCGAAAUGUAUACAUAGGCGUUCGUGUGCGUAUGAGUAGACAAGAAAAAAUAAAACAUUUUCGGACUUAUACCUACGUACACCUAUAUAGUGUAGGUAAACGUAAAUUCGCGUAGGACAAAGAAACUCUGAACGAAAAAAACAUUAAUUUACCGAUAUCCCGUAACCGGUUACUAAAACUUAAUAACUCCACCGUCAAUAUUAAUCUUAGCGUUAUUGCUUUUUAUAUCGCGAACGUGGAACACCGCACGUACGUCUGGGAAAAUUUUUUUUUUUUAAUAUAAACGUACAUACAGAUAUAGACCAGCUGUCCCCACUACGCGGCCCUUUAACAAAUUUCGUGCGGGUCGUACUAAAAGCGAAUCGUAAAUUCUAAAAUUCAACAUUCUACACUUUUAAAUAGUAAAUAAUUCAAUAAUUUUAUAAAUUUAUCUUUUAUUUAUCUCAUCUUAUUAUUCUUAUUUAUUUUAUCAGUCUACUUUUAACGCCCGACAAACACCCUAUUUUUAAGGCGAUAUUGCGCGAAUUCGAAUCGAUUUACUGUAUGCGGCCCCACAAGUUGUUUUCAAAAAUUAUAUUUGGUCCUUGUAAAAUCCUAGUAGGGACCGGUGACCGCUAAUAUAGACGUCGGGUCGAAAAGAUUUAGGUGCUCAUCGGAGGGUCUCUCGUUGCAGUUACGCUAAACGUGUUGCGAUAGUUUUAUAUUUUCAUCUCUUAAAUCGUCUCGCGCAAGCCCGCGCGAAGCAUUUCUUCGUGGGAGGCAGGGUUACGAAAAAAAUACAUAAAAUAAAUACAUCGAUUAUUAGUAAGAUUUAAAGUCAAAAACACAAAUUGUAAUUUUUCGACCACGUGUUAUACUUCAGUACUUCGGGAUUCUUGCAGAAUUAAACUUGCUUACGAUAAAACCAGUCCGAAUAACCAAACUAUUACUUUACUGUCAAUAAUCUAGAUGCAACCAAGAAAGGCAAUGGGAGGAGUUUAAACUCUUCCCUUCCCUUGCACACGUAUCAGGUCUCGUAGGAAUAGUAUCUUCGGUUUCGUUUAAACUAUAAUAUUAUAAUAAUAUGUCUAUAGGUUCUGUAUACACUGCUCGUAUAGUUUUACUCCGACACUGCCUAGUGAUGAUAAAAAAUGGGUACAAACUACAAACAAUAAUAUCGUCGACAUAAGACGCGUCGUCAGAUCACAAACCUAUGUGUAUACAGGUGUCCCAUGAAGAGAUAACCAUUGCAACAUCUUAUUUUUUUAGUAUUUUUUUUUUUUACAAUUGAAGAAACAAGUAGUUCUAAAACGGUACGUUACUAUCAUUAUGUUUGGGGGUGAACCGACUAACAACUUUUGAUUUUAAAACGGCAACCUAUAUUAAAAAUUCCAUACAUAAACGGGGUAUUAGUUUAAAUAUACAUUAUGGUGUUGAAUUUGUUGACUUCUGUCAGCCCGUUGACGAGAGAUUUCACUUUUAAAUACGCGUAGGGGGGAGAGCAGUGGAGCACUAUUCAAACGUUGCGCGCUGUGUAGCCACACAAAUAAUGCUCCACUGUUCUCCCGCUCCCCAAACUUAUAAUAGUGGCGUGACCCGUCAACGGGUUGACGGAAAUCAACAAUUUCGACACCAAAAUGUAAAAACUAACUUAACUAUAUUCAAACCAAUACUCCGUUUAUUUAUGGAAUUUUUAAUACAAGCUGCCGUUUGAAAAUCAAAAGUAGAGAGUCCGGCUCGCUCUAGAAAAUAAAGGUGACAACGGAAACGCAACAAUUUUGAGAGCUACACGUUUCUCGAAACGUCGGAAAAAAUAGAUUCCGAGAAACGUUAACACUUUCCAAGAUGUUCCAACGAUGAUAUUGUUAUCUUCGCGGGCCACCCUGUAUAUUAUACACUUAUGAAAUAUGCAUGGAUUCGCACAUCGCCAGUUGAGUCUCGUCGCAUCCGCAGCCGUUUGAUACGUGCCACCAUCGUUAAUUAUUGUCGCGUCGUCCGCCGACGAGUCCAGUGAUCCUCCGGCGAGCGGUAAACGCCCUCUGCCCGCCCGGUUUUCGCGUAAUUUCUUCACACGUCUGCCAACAUUCCGACACAACGACUGGCGAGCCAUGUAUGCAAAUGAGCACGUGUGCGCCUGUGCGUGCGCGUGCGCACUCUUAACGAGGAACACUUAUGACGCGCGUUUGCGUAUUAAUAGAAAUGCCGUUCGGCGGUCGUUGCGAUUUACGCGCCGUCGCGCUGUUACCGCGUGUCUGCCGACAAACGAGACUCGAAAAUACUUUCUGGACACGAGUGGGCAAUACGAUUUGCUGCAGUGUCUGCCGCGCUCAGCCGCUGAUAAAAAGGAGCCAAGUGUUUACGGCACGGUCACUUUACCCCGGUAAUGAUGAUAGUACACUGCAGCCGUAACCGCGGCGGUGUAGUUGUCAACGAGCGAGCAUAUCAAACGACGACGACGACGAUGAUGACGGUGACGAUUCCGGAAUCCGCGGAAAAAAAAAACUCGAUCGCACGCCGGAGUUGAAAUGUUGGUUUUUUUCUUUCUUUCUUUCUUAAUUUUUCAAUUAUUCAGAUCCGUUUCUUUUAUCCCGAAAUCCUGCUCGGUCGACGUUUGACUUUCACGUCGCGUUGUUGUUGGCGUGUAUUAUCGCAGUGCCCACUUAUAUUAACACUGCAACGCUCAAAUAUCUUUUCCGUGUAAAUUCCCAAUGCGCCGUGCGUUCGUUUAUUAAAUUUGUACACGAAUCCGCGAACGUCGAAAACCGUUCUAGUCGAAUUACGCCACGCACUGUAAAUGCUAAUCGACAAUCGUUCGUUGGUGCACGCAGACCGCGGUUGCGUUGCAUCCGACUGUGUAUGGUGUGGCCUGGGUUAUAACCAUAUAGGUAUGAACGUACUACACAAUUAUUAUAAAGUAUGUACCAUUGAAUUUUCGUUCGUGAAACACGUACACACGGCCAAUUACGAUUAUUACACGUUUGAUUCGCAAUUCCGGGGGAUAUUGAGAUUUUCUCAUUUGUCGAUAACAUUACAGUCAUUAUAAUAAUUUUUAUACGCAGGACGUAUAUUACUCGAACAUACGCUGGGGUUAUUUCUUGUGCACACUUUCCAAUUUUUAUAUCUGAUGCGUGUAUAUUUGAUAUUCAGCUUUCUGAAAACGGAUUUUUCCCCACUAAUUCUGAUCGAUUUUCAACGAAACUUACAUGUAUAUUAUAUUUGUAUUCAGCAACGUCGCAUGUCGGAAAUUUCGUUUCCCAGGGCAAAUAAUAAUCGCGGUUAGUUGUAUUUCGAGAUACUACCCAAUAGGUAUACAAAUUACAAAAACAAACGUCAAUUCUUAUAAUUUUUAAUUAGGUAUGGUAUUUAAUACUUUUAGUACAAUCGUCGACGUAUAUUGGAUUUUAAACAUGCGGGUGCCAGCACAAUGAUAGUGGUUUUUUUAAUUUAAAUUGUUUAGGAGAACAAUUUAUUCGUUGGCACAUAUUUAAAAGGGCGGAUAUGAAAAAUACUCGGGCGAGGUCGCAGAUUGUCCUUGACCACAAUUCACUGAUUUAAGAAAUAUCCCAACGCUAAUGAACCUAUUAGAUUACUAAUUUAUAAUUAAUGAUUGUCUGUUGGCAAUUUGAAUAUUUUAAAAACUCGAUUUUAACUUACCCGCACAAAUUGUGUGCAUACUUACUAUUUAAAAUCGAACGACAAGCACAAUACACACAUAUUGCUGGUAGAUAGAAAAUAAUAUAUUAUAACGUGAACGGUGAACACCCGUAUGUGUUGUCUCUGUCUUACAAACGCGCCGCGUAAAACAUUUGCAUUCAGCAGGACCAACUUUGUACUGUUAGUUUUAAUAUUGGUGAGAAUUGACCUAUUAUUAAAAAGAAAGGUGAGAACAUUAUUCGUGUUUAUACGGCGAUAUUAUAAUUUUUUGGCGAGAUUCAAGUAUUUUUAAAUAAUUGUGAUGUUUCAUUUCAUCAAGUUACUCAUAUUAUAUGGAUUAAAAAUUAACGUACAAAAAAAAAACCAACGUAUAAACACAUAUAAUAUUCUAGCAUUGAAAUUUGAUUAUAUCAAACAGGUCAGUUCACUAUAAUAUUAAAAUUAACAGUACAAAGUCUACUUUGUUGAAGACAAAUUUGGUAUGUCGUGCGAUUGUAAGAAAAAUACAGCACUUGUGCGUGUCAUAUUGUCCUCAUAUAUGAUGCCCGCUGUCGGUUUACUAAAUUUUCUCAAGUUUUGUAAAAUUUGAAAAUUAUUACUAACAUUUUAAUGCCAUCUUAAAGAUAAUAAUUUCUUCUUAGUCUACUGCCCGAUUCCUAUUUAAGGUCAAGGAAUACGGCCGUUUUUAUGGAUAGAAAUAGGAAUAGGGAUUGUUGACCUAAUAUUUCCCUACUAUUAUUUUUUAAUAAACAACAGCAUUUUACAAACUGCGUUCCAGACAUCAAUUUUUCAUUUGAUUUCAAAUAAUGGCAUAAACGGGUCCUUUUUCAAAGGACUUAUUUUAGUAUAAUGUUUGAAAUAAAAAUAUUGUAAAACGGAAUUCAAUGCAGUUUAUACGAAGUCUUCCACCUUGGAACAAAAAUAAUACCAUUGAAAUAAAACCACUCUACAAGGCGUGAGAGUUUUUCCCGUAAGUCAUGUUUUUGAGCCGAAUAACGCUCUGGCACCGACCUUCUUAAGAAUAUUCAAUAGUCAUUAGAUAUACUCAUUUUAUCAACAAAAAAUAUAAAGUAUCUAAUUUUAUAUUAUAUACGAACGAUACGAAUAUUACUGUGUGAAAUGAAGACGGAAACCGCGUCACAAAUCGCAUUGUACACGUAUACCAGAUACGGUAUCUGAGAUACCUAUAGACAGAAAUAUACAACAAAUAAUAAUAAUAAUAAUAAUAAAAUAUUGACAUUGUCAACUUCUUUAUAAUGUAUUUUUUGUGAAAUCGAAAAUACAUCUUUCCGAUUAAAACGUCUUCUCACGUCAAUAAAUUUCCUUAAUAAAUUCCGAGCAAGAAACACCGCACAUGUUAUUAUUAUUAUUAUUAUAUCCGUUUACCAUUUAAGGUAAAUCCGUAACGCUUUCAGUGUUCAUCUCUUUCAUUCGAAAGCCUUUCAUUUAGCAUUCUAAUUUCUACAUGGUCGCGGUGGUUUUUAUAAGGCACUAUAUCAUUACCUAUCUAUAUUAUAAAUGGUAUUGUAUACGCUGACAACGACCCAUUUGUUUUGAAAACAAUGAAUAAUUAGUUCCCCAGAUGGUAUAUAUAUAUUUUUUAAUUAAAUAUAUCUAGAGGUAUCGGAAAACAAUGCGGACUCGGUGAUCUCGAGGGAAAUAAUUUUUAAAACUCGGCCGCUUGUCAAAGAAAUUGAUUAAUUUCCAUCGUUAAUUAUUUGAAUUACAGUCGUUCGAUAAUAAACAUUUUUUUUUUAAUUUGGACUCGAAGCACAAUCGUGUAUCUAAAACGCGCGAUGUGACAUAAUAAACCACACACGCAUCGUAUUAAAGUAAAACCAAUAGUUACGCGCUCAGAAUCUAAAACGUAUGAUUUGGUGCCAAUACAGGAAUAUUAUCAUAGUUGGUAUUUAUGUUUAUUAUUAUUAUGCUGAACGCACACAUUAAUCAAAUCGCUCAACAUUGUACCGCUAACAGCGGCGUGCCCAGGAAUUUUCAACAGGAGGAUGAGACGUAGUAAACAACCAUUAUUAUUCAUGAGUAAAUCGUAGAAUCAUCUUCUGUUAUACACCUACGAUGACCGACAAUGCGAGUUUAAAAGCCAGAUUCAAAAGAGCAAAUUUUAUUCAAUAAAUCGAGUGUUUUUUUCCUUUAUAAUUUCAAAACAAAAUUACUAAAUAAAUAUUCAUAGUUGUCGUAUUCUUAAGCCGAUGGAGGGGAAUGUAACCCUCUCCCCCCCUCUAACUGCUAAUUGCAAUUUGAAUUCGAUUUUGCCCGUAAUCAAUUAUACAUUACGCGUAUUAUACGAAGUGUAUCCGAAUCGUACGAGUAUGAGAAAUUAUAGAUUAUUAUAGGAAACUUUUGUCGAUACAAAAAUGAAACGCGUAGGCGCGUUAUGAUAUUUUGUUAUUAUUAUUAUUAUUUUUUUUUGUAAUUUAUACAGAAAAUUUGUAUUGGUAUACUAUACAUAUUAAAAACAUUGUUGCCAUGUCUAGGUCAUCGGCAUUCGGUAGCCGUAAAAGGUGCCGACCGAAGGACACCGUGGGGCCCACGUUAAAAUCGAGAAAAUCGAGUAGUCGUGAAGACAAAAAAUAAUAUUCGCGUGGUCGUUGUAGCUUGCAUCAAUUCUAGUUGUAUGCAUACUAUUUUAUUAUAAACUAUUACUGCAAUAAUUUAAACAACACCCGUGAGCAGCAGAGCCCGGCAACCAGUUAAAUACAAUCCCAUUCGUACUGUUUUUAAUUUUGUUUUAUUGCUCAAUUGGGAUUUCUUUUGCUGUUAUUAUUUUAAAUAAAUAAUAAUUUGUAAUCGAAAAAAAAAAGAAAAUUGUGAAAAGCUCUAAAAACGUGAAAUUUCGGUACUGAGUGAAUGUUUAAACCCUUCCAAAAGGCAUAUUAUUUUGGACCCUAAAAAGACUAAAUUCAUAUACGAGAUGACAUCGUGCCAUACCUUCAAUUGAAGAGGUCUAAAAUGGUAAAUUCGUACAUAAAUUGUUGCGCUGAGGCAUACUAAUAAUUUAAACAAAUUAUAUCAAAAAUAUUGAAUAAAACGAAAGUUAUUGCAUUUGUCGAAUCCUCGUCGGACACUCUGUAUAUAUCGUGGUUUAGGGGGUUGUCAAAAUGCACCUUAUCCUUAAUCCACUCUUAUCCCCAUUGGCUUUCGAUAAAGUGUCUACAAAUUCUCUACUUUCGGAGAAAAUUCUACAAAAAUAUACGCCUAGCUCUUAUAUAAGCAAAAUUGAGUGUAAUAUAUAUUAUUGCAAAUUAUUCUGUGUAGAAAUGGCACUGCUAUUGCGCUGAGCUCGUGGCUUUUUUCUCGUAUAAUAUUUAAUAUAUACUUACAAUUUUUAUUAUAUUUUUUUUUUUCGUUUGCAUAUAAGCACGUACGUGCGUUAAUCACGGUCGUGAACCCAAACAAGUCAAUAUAAUAAAAUAUAAUAUCGGGGGUUUUGAACAAUGGGCGCGACGAUUAACCUACCUAUAGUGGAAAACUACUGUGACCCGCCGUAUAGGUAUGCAUAUAUGUAUGCACAUUAUUUUACGUUAUUAUUAUUAUUGUUAUUAUUAUUAUUAUUAUUAUGUGUACAUAAUAAUAUUAUAAUAUGGUUGACGACUUGACGUGGUCGAAUUUCUCGGUCAGUGGCGAGGCGGAACGACGCGAUAUUUAUAAAAUUAUAAUACCUAUAUAUUGUAUCGGGGAAAAAUCUUUAUAGGAAACAAAACGCACGAACUUUUCUAGGCGGACUUGGAAAAUAUCGAGGGAAACCGGUUUUCCAAAUUUUCUCCGAUUUCGUAAAAUUUAAAAAUUAUUAUUAACAAUUUUAACGGCCAUCUUAAAUAUAAAACUUUUACCAUGUCUAAUAUACUGUUCGAUACCGUUUUAGCGGGAAAGGAUACGGCUGUUUUUAAUAUUACGAAAAUGACUUCGCGAGAAUACGGAUAAUUACCAUUGUCAACAUGAUAUUUCUCUAACAUUUUUUUUUUUUUUUUUUUCAACAACCACGUCGUACUUAACUCCACGGGAGAUAGGUGUUGUUUAGCUUUGUACACUCCCACAGACCCCCCUCUAAAUAAAGCCCGGGGGAUUAUAUGUUAUGUAUGCGUGGUGUAAAUAUCAAGGACGUGCGUUUUAGUACUUUCGACUUUCAACCCUGUUACUGGAAGUAAUAGUUAUGCUCGGUUUCCGUGUUUGUGCAGGAAAUAGCGGAUUUAAUACAACGAGCGUCUAUCCUUAAAGGGAUGGCAGAUCUGUUUGUGUGUAAGCCCCCGGAAUUGAUCGCGAACGGCGACAAGUCGGCCGGGGGAAAAUUCGAUUUUAGUGGCGGAGCUCUACCCGUGAGUAGAGACUCACGGGUGUUUGUAAUGUUCAUGCAUAUUAUGCUGUGGUAUACCUGACAGUAACGCUCUACUAUAAGACGAUAUUGGGCCAUCGAGCGCAUUAUACCAAUCGCACACUGCAGAUGACGUACCUGUCCGCGUGUAAUAAAUACACACUCAUUUAUUUAUAUACGCGCGCGGCUUUACCGCUAUUAUAAUAACAGCGUGAACCGAUCGGCGUGACAGCUGCUGCGGCGGUAUGGCGGCGGUAUGGCGGUCUCGCCGCCACCGUCGCCGCUGAUAAUAACAAUUCUCUACUUGCGAGGAGAAAAAAAAAAAAAUACGGAACGCGCGACUGUGAAAUUCCGUGACGAUUUUCCUUUCUUGACACACUUGUAGCGCCCGGGAAAACCGCAUUGGCUGGCGGGCGGCGCCCGCCGUACGCGCUUUACGUAUCGCACACCUGUACCGCGCGCAACCGCGGUAUACUAACCUACACGAAGAUAUUAUCGUAACAGACCGUCAUAAUAACAAUAACGAUAAUAAUGGCGAUAAUAAUGGUAAUAAUAAUAAUAAUAAUAAUAAUAAUAAUGCGUCGUAAAUACACGGACCGCUCUCGGUCAAACGGAAUACUUACUACGCGUAUCGCGGCGACCACGAAAUAUAAUAUACAGACGCCGGCACACUCGUAUAUUAUUUCGUCGUACGCAUCGCGUAAAUCUCGCGCCGCCCAACAUUGCGGAUGUAUUGUCUACUGUCGCGAAUCGAACGUGCGUUGUUAUCGCGUCCCCGCGGGGUUCGACCGUGCGAUUUACCUGUUGUUAUACGUACGUACGUACGCGUACGGCAUUGCGACAACAUUGGGCCGAUCCGUCAUUGCGGUGUCCCGUUCGCGAACGGAACCCGUUUCGGGCGUUAUAAUAAUGUCAAUAAAUCUUUUAUCGUCGAGAGGGCGGUACGGCCGCGUGCCCACGUCGCCGUCGUCUCCGGCAUACCGGCACGCGCGUGACACGGCUGAUUUUCGUUUGGCAGGGACAAAACCGCGCCGUUCGUUACUUCGACACCACAGCGAAUCGACCCAUUAUCGGAUUUGAAGACGCGAACGGUGUGAAGAUACGACCGCGGGAAACACCACAACGUAGUAAUGCUCAUAUCCAUAUGCGGAUAAAUAUAAUAUGUACUCGCAUAAUCGAGAGACGUCCGAACCGAAAUUUCAAAGGUGGCUACGCACUGUGCACGCACCCGCCUGUUCCCGGUUCGCUGUACGUUGCAAAUUCACGAACAGUGUGUGGAAUUUAUACGUCAUUCGCCGUUCUUCAUUCGUGGCGCAAAAUCACGAAUCAUUCACGAGUGAUUUGCGGUCUUGUCACUCCGGAGUGCGGUAAUUGUAUAAGAUCAAAGAGAUCAAUAAAUCUCGAAUCACGAAUACACACGAAACUAUCAAAAAACUAAAAAUAUUUAUACGAUUCACGAACCGUGAACCGUGAUCACGAAUUCGUGCAUAUAGCGUGUAGCCGCAUUAAAAGUCUCGUGUGGGUAAUUAAUUGAAAAAUUAAAUCUAGAAGCAAAAAACCAUUACACAAAACAACAACACAUACAAUAUUAAGUAUUAUAUAUUGUGGCAUGUAUCUAAUACGAUUAUGUCGUAGUGGCAUAACGAGUAAUACGUUUUUGAUGAUACUAUGGCAGUAAUAUCGUGUUUAUUUUUGUUUCAAUGAUUUUACAUUACGACUCGGAAUACAGAGAUGUUGAAAAAAAUAAAACAAUCUUUAUUGGCUUACAUUACAAUAAUAGUAUCAUGAAAACUCCCCCCCCCCCCUCGUGACACAUUUCGUAAAUAUAAUAUAAAUAAUAUUAUUACGCGUCGGACUUAUACCCAUAGUAAAUUGACGUUUUGCACUUGUUUAUUUGUAUAUUUUAUGUAUAGCCACGUAUAGGUAUUGGUAUAUUAUGCUACGGUUGAGAUUUAUAGUCUUUUUGGGUCUAAAACCACCCGGUCGAUUUCACUGAUUGUUAGGUCUUAUUGUUUAGAGAGUGGUUUGAACGAGAAAUCCAACCCUUAAAUUGGGGCUCACCACAGGAAAUGUGACCUUAAAGUACGAUAAUUUCUUUUUUGUUUUUUUAUUUAUUUCUGGCAUUUUAACGGCUACACGGGAAAAACAAUUUUCAUUUUAUUUUUAUUAUUUUUGUCUCCCGUUCAAUACUGUACACGGGCAAAACCGAGUAAUACAGAUAUAGUAUGCAUAGGUAUAAUGUAGCAAAUAUAUAGACGACAUGGCGCUGGUGUGCGGACCGGUUGUUAAAUAGUAAAUUUCACAUGCGAUAUAGAGGACCGUGAAUAAAGAAGAGAAUGUCGGACAAAAUGGAUUCUGACGGACGCGUCAUUAAUGUAGGUUAAGAAUUAGGAUAGAGACAAUUCGAAACUAUUUAGUCUGUAAUAUAUUGUGUAUAUUAUACAAUUUUAACCGGUUAAUUAUCUAUGUAUUUACCGACUACGGCCAGUAAAAACAUUUGUAUAAAAAAAAUUAUUUUGAGAAUUUUGAAAAAUGUUUCAAAUACAUUAACAUCAGGCAAAAAAUGUAGGACGUAGUAUAAUACGUAGAAUACCUUAAAAAAACAGGGUAUUUGUACAAACCGAAAAAAACACAUCUAAGUAAAAAUUAACGAACAAAAAAACACCAUAAUUCUUUGUUUAUCUUAAGGUAAAUUCUAUCUCAUUAGUAAAAUCCCGAACUAUUUCAUAAAUAUCUUAGAAAUACCGAAAUCAAUCGGUAUUUCGGUUACAAUCGUAAAUUCGGACAUUAAUUGGCAGUAGUUGCAGUCAAAUCUAGAAUUUACCUGGGUUGAACCUGUAGGUUAUAGGUGAGUUAUUCGAAAUUUUAUAUACCAUAUUAUGUUAAUACAUAAAACAUAUGGUCAUGAGACCAUAAAAUAUGGUGUUUGUUAAUAAGAAAAGAAAAAUCACGUUCUUCUUAUAAAUACACGAUAAUUAUUAUCGACUUGAGAUCGGAAGUAUUUGUAGACAAGCUAGACGGUGACUAAGUUAAUCAGUUUAAAGAUAAGUUAUAAGUUAAUAUUAUAAUAAAUGGACGAUCACGAAAGAUUCAUAUAAAUGUAUGUAAUAUUUGGACUGUAUACCACUCGAAUAAUCUGAGGAGUUUCGGCACAGAAAACUGAACGUCCCGAGGAGUCGAGUACCCACCUACCUACUUUGCAGUGAAAUUUAUAAAUCUAAUCUAUAGUUAAUGUAUGUAGAAUCUGCAUUGUAAAUAUAUAGAUACUAUAGAUAUCUGUGGUUUAUGCACGCAAUCAAGUUGAACGCUUUCGAAAUAAUAUUCGUGUUUUAAACCAUAAUUUUACCGCACAAUAAGUGCGUUUAUUUUAUCAAGGUGUUAAUUUGUUGUUGUCUAAAAUAAAUUCUUCCAAAUUUGUUACGUCUCGUUGUGACAGUGUAAUAAUUUUAAUCGUUUCUUACACGAAGUCAACACUUAACCUAAUCUAACCUUGAUUUAAUAUAAUAUUAUUGUGACACCGAUCGAGUAUUUAUAAUUUAUACAAAUUAUGCCACAGAGAAACCACCUUUUAAUGUUUUAUUAUUUUUGUAUCGUGAUGUCUACUUUCUUUUUGAAUAAUUCCGCAUUUCCUACAUAAUUUUCCGUUUUCUUCGCAUUGUCACCCUGCAGAACCUUUGAUUAAUUUGUACUGGCUUCAUCAAAAUCACACUCUCAUUUUUAUCAAGAAUGCCGUGUGCAUCCGUGCUUGUUAUUGAGGACAAUGCAGCGUCCUCGAUUCGAAAAUCGAAAAUAGUUGCGGUAACCACACGGCCGAUAAAUCGUCGGUUUUUGCGAAUUAAAUUUAAUUUUCUCGCUUUUAAAUAUUACUCAUAUCGUUGAACUUAAUUUCGUUAGUUCUUUAAGUUGUAGACACAGACAACGUUGCCUAUGUGAACCAGUGGCUAAAAAUGACCUACUUACAGUAAAUCGAAAUCGAAUAAAUAAUUGAAAAGUUUAUUACUGCAAUAUUGUUGCUCAGUGAUGUAUGCAUUAUUAUUAUAAGCGAGGUAUUGCGACGUCGUUGUGUAUAUGCUGCUAUUAAUAAUAAUUUGUAUUAUUAUCGAGUACCGGAGCAACGUACUCCGCUUCAAACAAGCCGAAAUGCCGAACAGAAAUUUAAAUAUCAGACGGGCAUACUCUGCCGACGAUAUAUUAUACCCUAGCCAUGUAUCGAAUUGAAAGGCAUGAAUCACUGUGGACGAUGAUAGAUAUACCUCCGCCGUGCCAAUGUAAACAUUUCAUCGUCAGCCUUGAAGUGUGCAGGAGAGUACCUACACACGCGCGUGCAUUAUUAAAUUAUGCAUUUAUUUUCGCCACUCUCCCACGUUCUCUUUCGGAAAUAUUUGUCUAAUUAUUAUAAGAAAAAAAAAAAAGAAUCGCCGAAAAUGAUCCUCUACGUCCGUAGUACCGUAGUAGUCUACGUGAAUUAUAUUAUACUAUAUGCACUUUUAACUGCAUAUAUGGCACCUCCCACCGGCUGUUAAACGCUAUAAUCGCCGUCCGUUAUCCGAGCCUGUGAAAAUAAAUAUCAAAGAAACAAAAAAUUAUAAUACUUAUCAUAAUGUUUCAUAAUAUUCAAGAAGACAAUGCCGCAGCGUAUAAUAUUAGUCGGACACGUUUAACACCGUAACAUAAAAACAAAACGGACAUUCUUCUUUAUACGUAAGUCGCGUACCGAGUUUAUAGAUCCCGAAUGUAUCUAUAUAAUUAUCACUCGCCUUGUUUAGUUUCUCAAUUCCCCCGUAGAAGAAUGCGUACAAAUACGGUAAAGUGGAAUAAAAAAAUAAAAAAAUACUUUUCAUAUUUUUAGUUGAUUGUAAAAACAAUUAAGGUCAUACGCAUACUACAAAAGUCAAAGAAUGCAUUGCGCAACAAUCGUGUUAAAUAUUAUUACCUUCGCCGCACACCUACAUAGACAGCAAAGGGAAACAUUAUAUCAGAUUAUAGAGCAAAUAGCGUCUAAUAAGCGACGGUGGUCAAGUAAUUUUGUCUUUGGAGUGGAAUGUGUGAAAAUUAAUGUGAAUUCAGUAAAUGGACUAUAAAGUACCUGUUGAAGUAGAGAAAAGAUAAAAAAAAAAAAAAAAAGAGAGGUGAUACUGCUGAUGGGUGUGUCAUUGUUGUAGAAUGUAGAUGUAAAAUCAGUUAGAUGGGAUAUAUAGAGUUAUUAUUAGGUAUUUUAUGGCUGUACGCAAUGAUAAAUCAUUGCAACAACAACGAUUCUCAGCGAAGUACGGUUAAACGUAUUUUGAAUUGCCGUGAUUUUUACGGUUUUCGUUAAAUUUUAACUUAAAAUGUUUAUAAAAACCUAUUUAAUUAAGUUCAAUAUAUUUUUGUUUACCUCUGAGUACAAUUUAUGAGUUACGAUAAAACUCGUGUUAAAUGUAUAAGCAUUUCUGCUCAGCUAAAACAAUUUUAUCCGCAACAUAAAACCAAAUAAAAACUCGAUAAUCUCAAAUGUCUAUAAAUAAUUCAAAAGUAACCAGAAUGUUUUGAAAAUUAUAUCUCUUUUAUAAAGGGAUAGUAUAACGUAAAGGGAUUAUAUAGGUAUUUUGUGAAUAUUUUAGGUCUCUACGAAUAUUUUUUAAUUGAAUAUCAACAAUAAAACAGAAUUUAAAAAUAACGGAAGCUGUAUUAUUGCGUAAAUGCUCUCGUUUUCCUAUGGUUUUUUUUUUCUAAAUUGUUAAGAAAAAUAUAAAACUACUACAUACAGAGAGAAAGAAAAACACCAUAGUAAAAUCAAUACAUUCCUCGCUUCGUUCGGAAUCUGAAAUAACAAUUUUAAUAAUACAAAUAAAAUAAAUACCUUGAAACUGGCGGUGUGACGAAGACGAUUGUUGGUGACGACGGCUGCAGUAGGUAGUGACAAUGUAGGUGAUAGUCGGUUAGUAUAGCGAUAGCCGGUGGUCACAGAACACGGUGAAAACAAGAGUUUAUUUUAUGGUGUUUAUGAGACGAGAGCGAAAAAACAAAGAACGUAUUGAAAAAAAACGCAUAACCUCCAAAAACGGAACACAGAUAACAACGGUGUUGGUGACAAAUGACAUCUUAUUUGGUGUCAACUAACGUUGUACUUGGGUAACGGCUAUAAUUGAUCAAUGAUGGAGACUUUCGCGAACUGCGCGUAAAAACUAAUAAUACAAUAUAUACAGGAUGUCUAGUGUCGGAAAAGUCAUAGAUGUAAAACAGUAAAAUUAAACGUCAUUGUGGACCUGCGGACCGGUUCGUAAAUUGCUAUUGGAGCCGGAGUGAUGAAUAGGUUACUAUACGAAACUUUCUAUACCCACUCUGGGUUGAAAAAUUAAAUCAAUACGAAUUCGGAAAAUAAUUGUGUGUGUGACAUUACGAGAUAAUCUUAAUUGUCAUUCCAAGAAUAGAGGCGAUGAACGGAGCUUUAUAAACGUCCAUCAUAACCUUAAGAGCUACAGGCUGGCACAGUGGCAUUUGCUAUUUCCGUCUUUCUAACGGACGAUUUAGUAAACACGGGGUCGAGAUGUAAAUUUAUUGAGUUACGGCGAUUGAAAAAAUAAAUUGUGUAUACCUUUGAUUUUGUUAUUUCGAUAUUAAUUGAGAAUAAUAAUAUUAUUGUAAAACGUCGAAGUAGAUCGUCUUCGAAACUUUGCCGUCUACAAAUCUCGCAACAAGCAUUUAUUUUUUAAAACCGAUUUUAAAGGCGUUUUCGUUUUCGUUUUGACCAUGGACACGUUACGCAACGCCCGUCAGCACGAAACGAGGCGACGGCAAAUGUCACACAGCGACGGCCUCUUAACGAUAUUUCUGCGACGCAGUGAACCAUUUGAAAAUACACACUGUGUAUGUUGCGUACCUGCCUGUCCUACAUUAGUAUUGUUUACACGCGCGUACCUAUUCAUUAUUGUGUAGCUGAUAAUAUCUGCACUGUCGCCGUACGAAUUGUUACGCGUCGUCGGGACUUGACCAAAGCCUCUACAGUCCCAGCGCCGUGUCCGAAUCAACCGUCGGCCGUAUUGAGGACAUUGGCCGUUUUAAAUAGGCUUACGGUCAAUUCUGAUCAUUCAAAGGUCAAACGACGAGUCGGCGUCCUGUGUCAUAGGUUUGCACGGUGUAUACGAAUUCCGCGUGGCCGGGUUCGUAUCCGACAAUUGUGAUACGAAAUGUUUACGUUUUUAUUAUUCCGUUUUCGUCUAUCCGACUCGAUUUCGCACAUAACAGUAAAUCGGGGUUUAUCGAUUUCGAUUAAAAAAUCCGACGCGGGCUCGUGAAGCGCCCGAACGGAGGUGGUCGGAGACACCAAAAUGAAGUCAUUUCGCUAUACCGCUACAAUGACGCUACAAUACCUCUCAGAUAUUUCGACAUAUUCAUAUUUUGUACAACGCGGGUAGGCAUUUUAAACCGGCCGAUCGGAAAUCGUAUUGUAAUCGCGCCAUUCGGGCCAGCCCAAAGGUAACACGGCGUGCGAUUGGCAAAACAAUCCGUUUGAACGAUUCGGUUCGUUUCGAUCGGGUCAUUCGAAAUACCCGUUCGUACGGUUCGCCGAUUUCGUUUACGCGAACGACGAACCUUAUCAGUUAUCACAUUAAUAUAGUUUACGAUAUCAUAAUGUACAUAAAUAACAAAAUAAUAACGAUUAUCUUUUUUUAUUAUCUAUUGUCCCCUUGUUCAAUAGACUUUGCGAAUUCAAUAAUAUCGAAAUAUGUUGGUACGGUUACAGCGUUUGUCCAUAACCGCGGUGUCUCAGACGACGGAUUCCUCAAAUCUCUAUCGGAUAACAUACGUUCGACGAACCUAACCUAACCUAACGGCGCGAACCGAUUCGUCCGUGAAACAGCGUGACCCGCGGACGAGAACGAAACCGAACGAAUGUUUGUUUCCUCGUCUGUUUCGCGAUCCGGAUCAAUUCGUUCGUUCACAAGCGGAAUCGUGUUCGAGUACUCAAUUCGAGUUGAUCAGUGUUGACUAGUGUUGACUAGCGGUGUCGUUCGAGAUAUCAGAGGCGAUCCCGAACUACCGUGCGUUGAGCGGGAUGCGCGUUUAUUUAACGACGACGGCGAUCGUUGCGCCACGCGAACAGCACGCGCGCGGUACGGAUCGGGCCGAGGGUGCACAGAUGGCCGUACGCAACAACGGCGAUGUCGUCGUUGUAAUCGCUGUAGUCGCUGUUGCCGCUGUUGCCGUUAUUAUUCGUUGCGGCCCGGUCGCGGGUAAACCGGCAACAAUAACGGUAACAGUAAUAGAUACGAUAACAAUAACAAUAACGAUAAUACAGAUUAUCGCUCGGCAACGUCGACGUAAUCCGUUUUGCGCAACUCGCGCGCGCGGACGUACAAAUAUCGGCUAUUAUUACCGGUCGUUUAUUGUUAUUAUCAUCGCCGUGCUAUCAUCGUUACCGCUACGGCGGUUUCGGCGAUUGACGCGCGGUCCCGCUCGCGGGUUAACGUUUGGUUUUUUUUUUUUUUUUGUUCUUCUACCUCUGUUUAAAUGUCGUUUUUAUUUUCGACGAACAAUCGCGCAACAAUACCCGCGACGCGCGCGUUAAUAACGCACUUGCCGCGCGCCUUUCGAAAACGAUGCGCCCGCACGGAGUCGGUCACGCGCGCCCGCCGACGUAUUACACAGGUCGCGUCGCGCGGGUGACGUAACAUCAUUUCGGUUCGCGUUCGUCACGAAAUGUGAUGUUUUUUUUUUUUUUCAAGGUUCCGACGUUUUUAUCGUUCCGCGAACGGCUUUUUCCGCCGGGAAUUUCGCUCCGGUUUUCGAGCGUAGCGCGCUUUUCCCGUAAGAAUACUCGGUACUUUGAGGUGGUAAUUUUUUUUUUUUUUUUUUAUUCAAGGUUCCGACGUUUUUAUCGUUCCGCGAACGGCUUUUCCCGCCGGGAAUUUCGCUCCGGUUUUCGAACGUAGCGCGCUUUUCCCGUAACAAUACUCGGUACUUUGAGGUGGUAAUUUUUUUUUUUUUUUUUGAUUUUUUCCCGGCGGUUUUCACAGUGACCCGUACGAAAAGCGUAGGGAAAACGGGAUAAUUCGCCGAACGUAUUGUUCUCAAAACGUGAAAUACGGCCUUUCAAAACGCGUAUAACCGAACCCAGCUCAGAAUCGUUUUUCGUUAGCGAUGAUUAAUCGUUACGUAAUAUAUAUAUAUGUAUAUUGAAUUUCCCCCCCUGUCUUGCGAAGUAUGCCGGACGGUUUUUUUGUUCGAGUCAUCAUACGGCGUUGUGAUAUGCGAAACGCGAUCGAAAACUACCCGGGACUGUUUGAAUUGCGUGCUAACGGAUCGUCGAAGAACAGUACAGGGCGUUGAUAUCGCUGGUUUCCGCAGCACAAACUUCUGAACACAGCCGGUUUUGGAGAUUCUCCGUGUCCUUCUUAGAUUUCGCGUGACCGAUGUUUAACGAAUAUCUUUUACAAACGCACCGAUUUCAUCAAAACCAAAAAGGUUAUGGGGAAUCUAUAAAAAAAAAAAAAAAAUAUAUGCGCUCCGGAGAAGUCACGGAAGUCAGCGAUAUCGAUCGAAUAACUGCUUUUCGACGCGUUAACAAAUCCAAUCAGUCCCGGUGCUUUUAAACUGCACCUCCUUAUAGGUAUACAUGUACCGAACGCGUUUCGUUUCCUCAGUUUCGGGGCGCGAAAUAUGAUGCGCGCGUUUAUCGGGAUGGGCGCUAACACACUCGAUUAUCACGGCGCGCCCUCCGAAACGAUUGUGACUCGCGUCGCGAUACGAUGUUACGAAAAGUGUCCCGGCGUCGUGUCCGCGGGCGCCGGAAGCGGGGACGAGCCAACCGGAUUGCAGAAAAAAAAAAAAAAAAAACCCGAUUCAAAACCGAAAGUGAUUGUAUACGAGAACUAGGCGUAUUGGUUCGGUGAUUUUCGGAAAAAAAAAACACGUCCCGAACCGACAAUUAUUUUCAUUUCGUUUCGCGUCUUUUCAGACAUGUGCCGGACAAAUUUUAAAUAAUUAUGUCCGUUUUAACGUUCCCGCGGCAUCUCGGCCGUCCCUCGCGGAAUCGCGGUGACGCGUUGCGGGUCGACGGCCUCGUCCCGAACGCGCGGCGUUAACGGGUCUACGAUGACCGUCCGCAGCACGCCCGCGUUCCGCAGUUACCCGCAACUGCGUAGGCGCGCAGUACACCGCGGUUAAACUGUUUUUAUGUUAUGUUUACGCGUUUUAGUGGCCGAAAAAGACAGAAAAAAAAAAAAAAAACACAAAGGCGGCAGAGGUACUCGUAAUAUCGUUUGGGAACGUUCUCACAUUGUGCUCGUUAUAGCGCAUUACGAUACGUGCAACACGACCGCGUAUUAACAUACAUUUAUAUAAAACAAUGCACGCUAAUUGGCCUCUAAAAUAAUCAUUUCGAUUAAUGAAAUAAUUAUGUUUUUUUUUUUUUUUGUUUUUUUUUUUCCAGUUUUCUUUGACGAGCGUAGAUCUGCCGACUGGACACAUGCGUGUACCGCAGCACACACCGCAGAGACAACCCCGUUGCUUCGAAACGCAAACAGUUUUUUUUUUUUUUAUGUGAUUUGAUGUUAUCAAUUAUUUUUUUUUAUUUGAUUUUAGUUUUAGACGCAUAUUAUAUUGUGCGCUUGCGUUUGUUUUAUUUCAUUUUUUUUUUUAUAGAACCGAUAAAAUAUCCUUUAAUUUUUAGUGCGCGUCGUAAACAUUAUACGCGAUUAUUAUAUUACUCUAGAGUAUUAUUAAUCAUUAUGUAUUAUUUUCGUUUUUACUUGAACACUCGUUUCGUGGCACACCCGUGUCGUAGACACUGAACGUUUAAUAUAAAGUCUUCGGUUUUUUUUUUUUUUAACAGUAUUAUUAUUUUAGAGGUUCAACGCCGGAUAAAGUCAACCUGACGCGAUUACUUCCGUUACAUAUGUAUGUAUGUAUUAUAUUAUACGUUAUAAUUCAUUGUUUUCGCGUUCAAACGAAAUUCUCACGUUGCAUCGUAACGCGAUGAAAUGUGCUGGAUAAAAACAAUUUCAAAAGAAAAAAAAAAAAAAAGAACAGAUAAAUAUAUCUAAAUACGUUUAUAGUUUUAUAACGGCACGUAUUUUACACACGUAUAUACAGUGUUCAUACGCAAUUCGCGCGUGUACCGGAAUCGUUUUGUUUUAUUGUAAAUAUAUUAUAUUAUUGAAUACGCAUUAUUAUUAUUAUUAUAUAUUUUUUUUUUUUAAUAAUUAAUUAUUUUAUUUAAAUACGAUUUUGCUCAAUAAUCUUCUUUUUUGUACUUAACUGUAAUAGGUAAUUAAUUCGUUAUAGUAUAUUAUAUGUAUAUGUUAUCUAUCAAAUUUAUUUACACUUGGCUAUAAUAAUUACACGACUUUCUUAAUUCAAUAAUACUGCCCAUGUAUACAUGCGGCUAAUUUAACUGUAUAACGAGUUUUGACGCGAAAAUUUGAAUAUGUACACGGAAAACGGUUAUUUUCGCUCGUUUUUAUUGUAAAUUUUUUUUUUUUUUUUUAUUCAAAACCGUACACGGCGUCGGCCGCGCCAAGAUUUGUAUUUUGAAAAGCGCAGACCUACUACGUAAUAUUCGCGUGGCCCGUUCGUAAAAUAAUGGAUCGCGAAAAAGUGUAACUUAAAAAAAAAAAAAAAAAAAAUAACAACAAAUAAAACCUAAAAAUAAUUUGCUGUUCGUUACUUUUGUAAAACGACGGUAUUUUUGUGCGCAACAGAAUGUUGAAAAUCUCUCUAAAAAUGAAAAUUAUUAUUAUUAUUAUUUUAUUAUUAUCGAAUCGUUGACUGAUGUAAUGAGUAGGGAUAUAGUGUGCCAUUUUAUGCUUACAAUGAAUGGUAUUUUAUAAAUUUUUAUUGAUUUAUAUCAUAAUUAUUAUUAUUAUUGUGUAAUAUGUAAUAUAAUAUUAUAAUAUAAACAUAUAUAUUUUGAUAUAAGUGCUGUUAUUUAAAUGUUGAAUAAAAUACAC